AUGAAAAAGAAGGGCAAACAAAACUCGGGGAAGUCCUCUGCAUUGGGUAACCAACCUGGGACAUCCAAGGAUGCCUUGGAGAAGAUGUACCAGACCCCACUUUCUAAAGAAUCCGCUAAAGUCAGUUUGGGUUCCCAGUCAAAGAUGGCUUCAUACAGCAAGGAGAUGUUUAGCACCUGGAGAGACAUCCGGUGGUACCAAAUUCCUUUGUCAUCUUUAAGGAGACCCAAAGCCCGCCUUUUCAGCUUCACCUUCCAGUCCAGCCUGCAGAAGUACCAGCAGCUUCGGAAAAUAAAGCAACUGAAAGUUGGGCGGCCCUUCUCUGUCCUGCCUCUCCCUAACUUAUCCUUGUCGUUUACGGAUCCUGCGCCAUUUCAGGAUACGUUGCAGCGUGAUAAUCACGGAUCUUCAAGAGCUGGUGGAUCUAAAGGAAACAAAAGACUCUCAGCCCAUAGAAAUGAAUCUCAGGCUUUUCUGCGACGGAUGCAGAAGAAGCUUCAGAGGCGCCAACCGUCUGCAAACCUGCUGCACCCAAAAUGCAACUCCUCUGCAGGAAGUUCUGGCCAGCCAUGGGAAACAGGGCUCUGCAGGAGCUCCAGAAAGAAAUCAAAGCAGGGAGAUUGUGCUCCGCUAGCCGAGACCCUUGAAGGAGGUGACAGCUCCAGUUUAUGGAGCAACCCCAACUCUCCAUUGGAAGAGGAGAAGGAGGAUGAGAUGUUCCCUCCAGACUGGACACCACCACGGACUGCAUUCCUGUAUAAUGAAGAGCCACCCCCUCUCAGCCCUGCCUCUGGAUCGAUACCUGAAUUUCAAAGCUCUGGGGAAAUGCCAGACAUCAUUGAAGAGCCUGGUGGGUCUUCAAGGAUGGAGUUGAGAGUUAAAGCUCUCUCCCCAGUUGGGAGCCCUGUAUUUGUCCUCAAAAACUCUGGUGCCAUGCAGCUGAAGGAGUUUGGAAAGAGGCAUGUGGACAAUCCAGAGUGCUCUACAUUUGAUGUCUGUCAAGCAGCAGAUGAGGAACUGGAAGAACUUGUCCUAGAGGACCAAAGAGAAGUCAGCAACCAGGGGGUCUUAGAGCAGGAAGAAUGCUCUCUUUUGCAGUCUCCAGUCUUUUCAUCGGGGUCCCCAUCCACAGAAUGCUUUAAAAGCAGCAUCUUAGUGUCCCUGGAUGGGUUUUCAGGGGGUCCAGCGAGACUGGCCUGUGAGUUGGAUGUGGAGGGGGACUCUGGGACAGAAGGUUCUUCUUCGUCGCUCCCUGUCCAUCUACUGCUGCCUCGCUCUGGGAUUUCCUCCAGAAGCAGCAUCUCAGCCUCCUCUGAUGAGCUUUCAGGAGAUCCCGGGGGACUGACCCAGGGCUCAGUAAUGGAGGAAGAUAUGGAUGACAGCAGCCUUGUUCCAGUCAGAGAUCUCCUCCAGAUGGACGAUUCCAGUUCCAGCUCUGUGGAGCUGAGCCCGUGUCCCUUGCCAGGACCCGAGAGUUACCUGAGCAGUCUGGACAAGCUUCUUGAGGAGAAAAGAGAGCAGAUACGAGAGGACAGAGAGCUGGAUGGAAGCCUGGGGACCAAGCUGCUGUCCUCUAGCUGGCUCAGUGCUGGGGACGCCGGUGAAGAAAACGAAGCUCCCUUGUCUGAUGCCCAGAGAGAGCAGAUACGAGAGGACAGAGAGCUGGAUGGAAGCCUGGGGACCAAGCUGCUGUCCUCUAGCUGGCUCAGUGCUGGGGACGCCGGUGAAGAAAACGAAGCUCCCUUGUCUGAUGCCCAGAGACCUGGCGGAAGAGUUCUCGUGGGGUUGGGAGGCGGUGUAAAGAACAGCGCAAAGGGGCAGAGGCAGGAGAGGAAGGAAUUUGGUGCGCUUGUCCUCAAAAGCGAUGAGCCCCUGGGCACCGAGCGGGUUUGGUUCUUGUGGAAAACGCAGUUGGUUUCCUUCCGGGCCACGCGGUUGCCUGAUGUUUCCCCUGAAGUGUGGAUGUGCGCGCUGCACCCAUCGGUGCCUCCGUCAAGGAGCCGUGCCUUCUGGACCCAUACAGGAGCUGAGCGAUGCGGAGGAGAUGCGCCUCUGACCUCAGGAGGCGCUGGAGGGUGCUUAGGGCCAGAUUGGGGUGGGUGCACCCUCAGCCCUUCCUUAACUCCAAGGUUGGUCCUGGAGCAAUUCUCCAUUAGUCCGGCUAUCAUCCCAACCGUGCACCCUGGUGAAAAUAUUUUCAGGCCUUCUUCUUACCGGAGGACUGCUUUGGUCCUUGACACAGCUGGGCUUACACCCCAGAACCCGUUGGAGAGCUGCUUGUUCAGCUCUGCUCACCAGAUGGCGAUCCUGCACAGCGGCUGCCUUGGGUCCAUCUAUCACGGGACGGUCAAGUGUCCCCGCCCUGUUCUGCACUGGCUUUUCCAG